AUGGAUACGCGUGCUGAUACCGAUCCGACGACGCCGAUAACAGGAAGGUCGGGAAGCUGCGUUAAUUGUUCGCGCCCCGACGAGUACGACAAUUUCGUACAAUGCGAUAAAUGCGAUGCUUGGUGGCAUAUGAGUUGUGCAGAGGUCACACCGACGAUUGCGGAACGGCCUUGGACGUGCCGCAAAUGCCUGCCUGUUCAGGUUACAUCUCAUGCUGGCUCAUCGACAGGAGCAAUGUCCAAUGCUUCGGCUCGAGCAACAUUGAAGUUAAAGCUGAUGGAGGAAGAACGUGAAAUACAGAGGCGUGAGUUCGAGUAUGAAAAAGAGAUGCUACGGAAAAAGUACGAGAUUCUGGAACAGCAGCUAGAAGAAACCGAAAGAAAAAGCGGUCGAAGUCGGAUAAGCAGGAAGACCAGUAUGGAACAGGUACAACAGUGGGUAGCGAAACACGGAGUUGGUGUCGAUGCUGUGGGAGAUCAACAGAAAGGUCCGGGCGUGAUCAGAAAGCCAGCUGGGACUGAAAAGGAGAAACAUCAUGAGGACGUUCAGCCAGCAGUAAAACCACUGGAGAAGGGACAGCUGUGUGAGCCACAACGGAAGCUUCAGCAAUUCGAAAUUCAUCGGGUAGAUCUCCCCAUGGCCAGUGGAGUUAUUUCUGGAGCAGUUCCGAAAACAUAUGCGAAGGAAACAGGUAGCAUAAAACCACCCAUCCCCCCACCGGUAAGCAAGCGUAACUAUCCAGCCCUCGUGCCCCCCGAAAUACCACAAGGUAAGCCACAUGUAAAUCCACAUUUUGAUGCAAUAAAAGCACGCACUACACCACUGAUAGGUGAGAAUUAUUAUGAGAAAAUGAUUUCCAAAUUUGGGACAACUGACCUCGUACAAGAUCCUUUAUGCUCAAGGUCAUUCCGCGAUGAAAUUUCACACGUUCACGAUACAACAGCAUGCUUGGACCCAGGUUUAUCACACCCUAGGAACAACCAUGAAAAUUUUGUCCCUUUACAAAAUAUUGGAGGAGUCUCACAGAACAAUAUGAACUCCCACUGUCAAUUGAACGCGUUUGCACCGCGCGAUAUUCAGCUACCCCCUCAUCUAGUACCCACCCCCUCGCAGCUGGCAGCUCGUCAAGUACUUCCUCGCGAUUUGCCUUUCUUCGGCGGAGAUCCGGAAGAUUGGCCGAUCUUUAUCAGCAGUUUCUUGAAUUCAACUGUCGCGUGCGGAUUUAAUAGCGCAGAAAAUCUCGCGCGACUCCAAAGGUGUUUGAAAAGUGUUGCUUACGAGUCCGUGAAAAGUCGCCUUCUCCUUCCUGAAUCAGUGCCGCAUGUGAUCAACACACUAUACCUCCUUUAUGGACGUCCGGAACUACUAGUCAAUACCCUACUGGAAAAGGUUCGUGCAGUGCAACCACCGAAGGCGGAGAAACUCGAAACAUUAAUCGAAUUCGGGAUGGUGGUUCAAAGUCUUUGUGACCACCUGGAAGCAGCCGGUCAACAGGCGCAUCUGUCAAAUCCUUCCCUACUAAUGGAAUUGGUGGGAAAACUACCAGCACACACAAAAUUGGAGUGGGCCACCUUCAUGCAACAAUUUCCUGAGGUAAAUCUGAAAACGUUCGGGAUGUUCAUGAGUGGAAUAGUGGUUUCAGCAAGUAAGGUUACGUUAUAUUCAGGAGCGAAGGUCCAGAAGAAGAGUGAUACAGCAGAUCGUCCGAAACAUAGAUUGGGGGCCUCCAUAAACGCGCACGCGCUUGAACCAGAACCUGAAUCGGGAACAGAACGUUCUUGCUACGUAUGCAGAAGGCAAGAUCAUCGAGUUCGUGAUUGCAGCACCUUUCGAACAUUGUCAAUAGACGAUCGGUGGAAAGCGAUACAAGAGCAUGCAUUGUGUCGCAGUUGCCUUAAUUCGCAUGGCAGAAGAGCCUGCCGGAAUACAAACCCAUGCGGAGUAGCUGGUUGCCGUUUUCGCCAUCAUCCUCUACUGCACUCAAGUCGUUACGAUCGAGCUAUGGAGAGCGCUGAGAUAGCGGGUAAUCACACACACAGUCUGUCCGAACAACAACUGCUGUUUCGCAUUCUACCAGUGACAAUUCAUGGUCCUCGAAAGGCAGUCACUGUAUACGCGUUCCUGGAUGACGGUUCGUCAAUUACACUAGUGGAGGAGUCAUUGAUGAAGGAUCUCGAAUUGACGGGGGAAAGAGUACCCUUAUGUCUUACGUGGACAGGUAAUGUGACACGUAUGGAAGCGGACUCCCGGAAAUUACAACUAGAAGUGUCACGAUUAAAUAAUUCGAAGAGAUUAUCUCUGCGCGACGUUCGUACUGUGAAAAAGUUGGCAUUACCGGGGCAGUCGUUGUGUCCCGAGGAGUAUUCGGCAAGAUAUCGGCAUCUGAGAGGAUUGCCAUUAGUGGGUUACGACAAAGCAGUCCCCCAACUACUAAUUGGUCUCAACAAUCUUAAGCUGACCGUGCCGUUGAAGGUCAGGGAAGGAGACAGUAAUGAUCCAAUCGCUGUGCAAACACGUCUAGGAUGGUGUAUCUAUGGAGGCGGUGAGAUCUCAUCGAAACAUUUUGUACAAUAUCAUGCCUGUAGCCGCGAUAAUGAUGAUGAAUUGCAUAAUAUGGUGAAGGAAUAUUUUACUUUGGAAGAUGUGGGUGCUAAAAUUGUGGACAACUUGGAGUCACCAGAGGACAAAAGAGCUAAAUGGAUGUUAGAACAGACGACGAAGCGGGUCGGAAAUAGAUACGAGACAGGCCUCCUGUGGAAGCGUGAUGAUGUGAAACUUCCGGAUAAUUACGACAUGGCGCUAAGGCGGCUUGAAUGUUUGGAACGACGAAUGCAGAAGGACUUGCUGUUGAAGAAAAGUAUACAUGAACAAUUGGCCGAAUAUCAGGCCAAGGGCUACGCGCAUCGGGCUACUCAGAAAGAGUUGAGUUGCGCUGAUCCAGAUCGGAUUUGGUACCUCCCCUUGGGAGCGGUAACAAACCCGAAGAAACCGGGAAAGGUGCGGCUAAUCUGGGAUGCGGCGGCGAUGAAGAAUGGAAUGUCGCUUAAUACGCUUCUACUCAAAGGACCCGACCAACUCACAUUGUUACCGUCAGUACUGAUGCGGUUUAGACAAUACCCGGUGGGUGUCUCGGCCGAUAUUAAGGAGAUGCUUCACCAGAUCUUGAUUUGCCCUCGUGAUCGACACUCGCAGCGGUUUUAUGGCGUAGCAAGCCAAUUUAUUAAAAACAAGAACGCACGCGAAUUCAUUGAUUUAUACCCUCGUGCAGUGCAUGCUAUACUGACUAACCAUUAUGUGGACGACUAUUUGGAUAGUUUCCAAUCCGCGGAAGAAGCCAUUGAAGUUUCUAACCAAGUGAAGAUGAUCCACUUAAAGGCUGGAUUCGACCUGAGAGGUUGGCAGUCCAAUGUGGUAACGGUGCUUAAAAGCUUGGGCGAAAAUGAAGUGGAGGAGAAGGAACACCGCUUCCUGGAUAAAACCCAACAAUAUGAACGUGUACUCGGAAUGCUAUGGCGAACUGAAUGUGACAUGCUUUGUUUUUCGACUCCGAUUAAUGCAGAAAUUCAACAACUUAUAAACAACGACAAUCGACCAACUAAAAGACAGGUCUUGAAAUGCUUGAUGAGUUUCUUCGAUCCCCUUGGAUUGCUGAGCUGUCUUUUGGUUCAUGGCAAAAUCAUUCUGCAGGAGAUAUGGCGCACCGGAAUACAGUGGGACCAAGAAAUCACGACGGAGGCCUGGCAACGAUGGCGAAAGUGGUCUGAAGCCCUUAGGGAGGUUGAUAAAAUCCACAUACCUAGAUGCUAUUUCGACGGGGCAAACAGCCAAUUGUAUGAUUACCUGCAGCUACACAUAUUCGUCGACAUGGGAAAACAGAAUGCUCCCUCGUCGCUGCCAAAACCAGAGUAG